UAUAAUUUGUGGUUUCUUGCACGUUGAUAUAAUGUCAAAGGGAGAGAUUACGACCAAAGGCUAUAAUUAUAAUAUUACAAAACUGGAUUCGCCUACCAAAUCGGAGUAUGAUAAAGCCGAAUACAGAGUCGUUAGACUAAGAAAUGGUUUAACAGCAUUGUUAAUAUCUAAUCUGGAAGAAGCGAAUAAUGACGAUAUGAAAUAUAAAGAUUGUGAAGAAGGUUGUUCUUCAGCUAAACGAGUUAAAAGAGACGUAUGGAAGGCAUCUUGUGGCUUAUGUGUGGGAGUAGGCAGUUUUAGCGAUCCAUCGGAAGUUUCAGGCCUGGCACAUUUCCUUCAGCGCAUGGUUUUUAUAGGAUCCGAAAAAUAUACAAAUGAAGAUUUUAAAGGAUUUAUCAGUCUCCAUGGUGGCACUACUUAUGGCGCAACAGAUUGCGAGUAUACAAGAUUUUACUUUGAUAUCCCAGAGACACAGUUAUUAUCAGCUCUCAUUCCUUUUGGUAUACUUUUCGAUAAAUGUUGGAUAAAGAAAGAUGCCAUCACGAGGGAGCGAGAGAUCAUACAAAGGGAGUUUCAGUUGGAUUCAUCUAACAGUGAAAAAAAUAAAAAGGAACGAUUAUUGUCUUUUAUUGCUAAAAGUGGUCAUCCAGCCAGUAAGUUUCUUUGGAGUAAGUCAUUAGCUUUAAACAAUGAUAUAGAUGAUGACAAGUUGUACGAAGAGCUGCACAAAUUCAGAGAGCGCCAUUACAGCGCUCACAGAAUGAAGCUCGUUAUACAGGCGAGAUUAUCGCUAGAUACAUUGGAAAUGUAUGUCCAAACUUGCUUUAAUAGUAUAUCAAGUAAUUGGCUGCCUUCCGAUGACUUUACCGAAUUUAAAGACGGCAAAUCAUUUGACGCUUCCAAACAAAUGUGUAAACGGAUUAAAUCCAUGGAACAUAUCACCCGAUUACAUGUAACGUGGGUUUUGCCUUCACUACUUAAUUUGUACAGAAGUAAACCAAUUAAAUAUAUCUCAUGGAUUAUUGAACAUAAAGGAAGUAAUUCUUUAACUAGUUAUCUACGUAAAAAAAUGUGGGGUGUGUUUGAUGUGUUUUGUGGUAACUGUGAUAACGAUAAUGAUUUCGGAUACAAUUCUAUGUACGUUUUAUUUGAGAUUAUAAUAGAACUUACCGAUAAAGGAUUAAGCAAUGUGACAGACAUUCUAUGUGCAAUAUUUUCCUUUCUAAAAUUAAUAAAAAGGAUGGGUCCACAAGAAAGAAAGCAUAUUUAUUUCGAGUAUAACCCAGAAGCUAUACAAAAAUAUUUGGAUCUUUUGAUGCCAGAGACGGCGAAGAUCAUGAUUUUCGAUAAAAAUGGUGGAUUAAAUAUAGUUGAACCGCAUUUCAAAAUUAAUUACCGACAUUGCAAGUUAUUAGAUGAAUAUAUCGAAUGCUGGAAAUCUAUCGAACCAUUGCCUGAUUUUGAUUUACCAUCAUUUCUCUUUCAAAUGUACUGCAAUGUACUAAAAUAUCUAUUGCUCGAAGAAUUAUACCCGGCUGUAAUAGCUGGAUUUGAUUAUGAGAUUGAUGUGAAUGAAGAAGUUACAGGUAUUACAAUACAAAUAAGCGGGUUUAACGAAAAUUUGCCACUCUGGUUGAUGGUUAUUGCAAACUAUAUGGUGAAUCCUGUCCUUUCAAAGGACUUGUUUAAAAUUAUUAAAAUGCAACAAGCCAAAGCAUAUUACAACAAAUUUAUAAAACCGGAGAAAUUCAUCAAGGAUAUCGAAUUAUGGAUAUUGAAGAGCGGCAACUGUACAUACGUUCACAAAUACAAUGCUCUACACAGAUAUUCAUUGGAAGACUUCCAAGAUUUUGUAAAAUCCUUUACCAAUAAUCUGUACUUCCAAUGCCUUGUGCAAGGCAAUGUAACGAAAGACUUUACGAUGAAUAUUAUACAACGAUUUAUCAAAAAAAUUAAGUGUUCUUACUUGAGGGAACAGGAAGUGCUACUGACUACUGAAAUCAAUUAUAUAUCCCUACGCACAUCUUAUUUCAAGUUGAAAAAUAUGAACCGAAAUGAUGUAAAUUCGAUAGUGACAAAUUAUUAUCAAGUCGGUACUACGAUUGAAUCAUCGGUAUUAAUCCAGUUGAUGCUCAUGAUAAUGAAAGAAUCAUUAAUGAAUCUACGAAUCCAAGAAAAAUUUAGUUAUGUUUCGUGCGAUUUUAGAGAUAUCAACGGAAUGUUAGGAUAUUCUAUAACUGUUUACACUCAGGCAGAUGAAUGCACAACCGAAUACGUUGAUCAAUGGAUCGAGGAAUUUCUGAAUUCAUUUCAAAUUGUGUUGGAACAAUUCUCAGAAAAGAAAUUAGAUGAUGUCAAAGAAGGGCUGAGAACUUCAAAGCAACAUGACGAUACCGAGAUUCUGAAAAACAGAGUUAACAGAAACUGGAGUGAGAUCACGAAACAGCAAUACAUGUUUGAUAGAUAUGAAAAGGAAGCGCUUGCAAUAGACAACAUAAAUAUCAAUAAGCUGAGAGAAUUUUUCAGAAAGCACACACUGAAUGGAAGUAGUUUCAGAAAAUUGAGCACACAUUUGGUAGGAACAUCAAAGAAAGUUGCAGUCAAUGCACAGAUUUUUGAGUCUCAUCAUAGGGUAUCUUUCAAGAAAUUAAUAAUUGACGAUUCGCAGUACAUUAGGGCUACAGAUCUUCAUAUUAUUGACGUGGACGAUUACAAACAAAAUUUUAUUGUUACCUUAAAAUUAUAA